AAAAAAAAAACCACUAAUAAAAGAAAGCAAGAAAGAGAAAGAGAAAGAUGGAGGGGGAGGAGUGCAAGGAAAGGCGAGAGAGAGAGCGGAAGAGGGGAGAAAGGGGAAAGUAGGAUCGGGUGGGGGGAGGAGAGAACCGAUCGGUGGUUCUUUAGCUCGGAUGAUGCGAAGAGAUUGCUGCUGAGUGGAAGAUAUCCCUCUCUCCUUUUCUUUCUUGAUCUCUCCGAUUUGGGAUGUUCUUCUGAAGAUCUGGUGAAAGAACCGAAGGAAGAGGAGGGUUUUCUGAUCCAAGGGAAAAUGGCAGCCAAUGCAGGAAUGGUGGCGGGCUCGCACAAGAGGAACGAGUUCGUGAUGAUCCGGCACGAAGGAGAAGCCGGGCCUAAGCCCCUUAAAAACCUGAACGGCCAAGUAUGUCAGAUCUGUGGUGAUACUGUUGGGCCUACGGUGACUGGUGAUGUUUUUGUUGCUUGCAAUGAGUGUGCUUUCCCAGUUUGUCGCCCUUGUUAUGAAUAUGAGCGUAAAGAUGGAAACCAGUCUUGCCCUCAAUGCAAGACUAGGUACAAGAGACAUAAAGGUAGUCCUCGAGUCGAGGGAGAUGAUGAAGAGGAUGAUGUUGAUGAUUUGGACAAUGAGUUCAAUUACACGCAAGGCACUGGCAAGACAAUGCAUCAGUGGCAGCUGCAAGGCCAGGGAGAAGAUGUUGAUUUAUCUUCAUCUUCUAGGCACGAGCCUCAGCAUUGUAUUCCACGUCUGACCAAUGGACAGCAGGUUUCUGGUGAAAUACCUGAUGCUACACCAGAUCGUCACUCAAUUCGAAGUCCAUCAUCAGGUUAUGUGGAUCCAAGCCAGCCAGUUCCGGUAAGAAUUGUGGAUCCCUCAAAGGACUUGAACUCAUAUGGUCUUGGAAGUGUUGACUGGAAGGAAAGAGUCGAAGGUUGGAAACUCAAACAAGAGAAAAAUAUGAUGCAGAUGACCAAUAAAUACACUGAUGGGAAAGGAGAUAUAGAAGGAACUGGUUCGAAUGGCGACGAUCUGCAAAUGGCUGAUGAUGCUCGUCAACCUCUGAGCCGCAUAGUGCCUAUUCCUUCUAACCAACUCAACCUUUAUCGUUUGGUGAUCAUUCUCCGGCUCAUCAUUUUGUGUUUCUUCUUCCAGUAUCGUGUCACUCAUUCGGUUCCAGAUGCUUAUCCAUUGUGGCUAACAUCCGUCAUAUGUGAGAUUUGGUUUGCUUUGUCAUGGCUUCUGGAUCAAUUCCCAAAAUGGUAUCCAAUCAAUCGUGAAACAUACCUUGACAGACUUGCACUAAGAUAUGAUAGGGAGGGAGAACCUUCACAGUUAUCUCCGAUUGAUAUUUUUGUCAGUACAGUGGAUCCCAUGAAAGAACCACCUCUUAUAACUGCCAAUACAGUGUUGUCUAUCCUUGCUGUGGACUACCCUGUUGACAAAGUUUCAUGCUAUGUUUCUGAUGAUGGUUCAGCAAUGCUGACAUUUGAAGCACUCUCAGAAACUGCAGAAUUUGCUAGAAAAUGGGUGCCCUUUUGCAAGAAGCACAAUAUUGAACCCAGGGCUCCUGAGUUUUAUUUUGCCCAAAAGAUAGAUUACUUGAAGGACAAAAUACAACCUUCAUUUGUUAAAGAACGCCGAGCAAUGAAGAGAGAGUAUGAGGAGUUCAAAGUACGGAUAAAUGCUCUUGUUGCCAAAGCACAGAAAACCCCAGAGGAAGGUUGGACGAUGCAGGAUGGCACUCCUUGGCCUGGAAAUAAUCCAAGAGAUCACCCUGGCAUGAUCCAGGUCUUUUUAGGGCACAGUGGAGGGCUUGAUACAGAUGGAAAUGAGCUACCUAGACUCGUCUAUGUUUCCCGUGAGAAGAGACCAGGAUUCCAGCAUCACAAAAAGGCUGGUGCAAUGAAUGCUUUGAUUCGGGUAUCUGCUGUUUUAACCAAUGGUGCCUAUCUUCUAAAUGUGGAUUGUGAUCAUUACUUCAACAACAGCAAAGCUCUUCGUGAAGCAAUGUGUUUCAUGAUGGAUCCUGCGCUGGGAAAGAAGACAUGCUAUGUGCAGUUUCCUCAAAGAUUUGAUGGCAUUGACUUGCAUGAUCGAUAUGCCAAUCGCAACAUUGUGUUUUUCGAUAUCAACUUGAAAGGCUUAGAUGGCAUUCAGGGCCCUGUUUAUGUGGGAACAGGUUGCUGUUUUAACAGGCAGGCCUUGUAUGGUUAUGAUCCUGUACUGACUGAGGCUGAUUUGGAACCAAACAUAGUCUUUAAGAGUUGUUGUGGUUCAAGAAAGAAGGGAAAGACUGGGAACAAGAGUUACAUUGAUAAAAAACGGGCAGUUAAGAGGACUGAAUCCACCAUUCCUAUCUUCAAUAUGGAAGACAUGGAGGAGGGAGUAGAAGGUUAUGAAGACGAGAGAUCAUUGCUUAUGUCUCAGAAGAGCUUGGAGAAACGGUUUGGUCAGUCACCAAUUUUCAUUGCGUCCACCUUCAUGGAGCAGGGGGGUAUACCACCAUCUACAAAUCCAGCUUCUUUGCUAAAGGAAGCCAUCCAUGUUAUUAGCUGUGGUUAUGAGGAUAAGACUGAAUGGGGUAAAGAGAUUGGUUGGAUAUAUGGUUCAGUUACUGAGGAUAUUCUUACUGGAUUUAAGAUGCAUGCACGGGGAUGGAUCUCAAUUUAUUGCAUGCCACCCCGCCCUGCAUUCAAGGGUUCUGCCCCCAUCAAUCUUUCUGAUCGUCUUAACCAGGUGCUUCGGUGGGCCUUGGGAUCAAUUGAGAUCCUGCUUAGUAGACAUUGCCCUAUAUGGUAUGGUUAUAAUGGGAGGUUGAGGCUUCUGGAGAGGGUAGCAUACAUCAACACCAUAGUUUAUCCAAUCACAUCCAUCCCACUGAUUGCUUACUGUGUGCUUCCAGCUAUCUGCCUUCUCACAGGAAAAUUCAUCAUUCCGGAGAUAAGCAACUAUGCAGGCAUGUGGUUCAUUCUGCUCUUCGUCUCAAUCUUUGCAACUGGAAUUUUGGAGCUUAGGUGGAGUGGUGUGGGAAUUGAAGACUGGUGGAGGAAUGAGCAGUUUUGGGUAAUUGGUGGCACCUCAGCUCAUCUAUUCGCUGUCUUCCAAGGACUGCUGAAGGUGUUGGCCGGGAUCGACACCAACUUCACUGUUACAUCAAAGGCAUCAGAUGAUGACGGGGACUUUGCUGAGCUGUAUGUGUUUAAGUGGACAAGCCUCCUCAUUCCUCCGACCACUGUGCUAGUUGUGAACUUGGUGGGGAUGGUUGCAGGUGUUUCAUACGCUAUCAACAGUGGAUACCAAUCGUGGGGUCCACUAUUUGGGAAACUAUUCUUCUCCAUAUGGGUGAUAGUUCACCUCUAUCCCUUCCUCAAAGGUCUCUUGGGUCGGACAAAUAGAACACCAACCAUUGUCAUUGUCUGGUCCAUCCUCCUUGCUUCCAUCUUCUCAUUGCUGUGGGUGCGUAUCGAUCCUUUCACCUCUCCCACCCAGAAGGCUGCUACUAUGGGACAGUGUGGUGUCAACUGUUGAUUCUUCUUUAAGAGAUACGUUUUCUUUUCUUUUUCUUUUCUUCUUCUUUUUUUGGUGCAAAAGUUCAGCUCGCUGGCUCCCUCAAUAUCAGUAAGAAAAGAUCUAAUAGUGUAAGAAGACUGAAAAGUUUCAAUGUUUUAGCUAUAUUAUGUUUGUUUCGCACGGAUGGUGUCAUUGGCACCAUACUGCAUUGGUGAAGCUGGUGUCUUGUGAAUACAAAAUCCCCCUUUUUGUGUAGCAUAUAAUUGGUCUUGUCAGGGACGCUGUACGAAUGCGAUGGAACCCUUGUUAUUUAUAUGAGUAUGUCGUGAUUAUAUUUCGUGGCA